CUCCUUGGGCUCCGGCGGGGUUCGGGACAGGCCCACCGGGCUUACUCCUAAGAAACCUCCCCACUCAGGCCUGGCCCGGCUUGGCGCAGUCCGCCUUAAAUAAAAAGAAAUAAUAUAUUUGUCUAUAUUUAAUUUAAAUACAUAAAACCCUCUCGUUUUGAGAGAUAUGGAAAUUCUCCGGUCUUGCUGAUAGAGAUUGAUUAGCAGUGGUGGCAAUAGGCAUCAAUAAUCUCCAUUUAUAGGGGUUUGCCGUUAAAGUAUGAUCUGGUUUUCAUCGAAAUGAAGGGAUUUCUUUAUUUAUUUGUUGUUUUCCUUAUUUUUCUCUGCUUCCAAACAGUCUUUUCCUGGAAAAAAGACGAGUUCAGAAACUGCAACCAAACCCCAUUCUGCAAACGAGCUCGCUCCCGUAAACCCGGGGAGUCUUCCCUAAUCGCCCAUGAUGUCACCAUCUCCGAUGGUGACGUCACUGCCAAACUCCUCCCCAAACAACAAUCAGAUCAAGAUCAAGAUCAUGAUCAAAUUAAGGCGUUGAGUCUCACUCUCUCGAUCUAUCAAGAUGGCAUCAUGCGUCUCAAAAUUGAUGAGGCGGACCCUCAGAAGAAAAGACGCUUCCAAGUUCCCGACGUGAUCGUCUCAGAAUUUGAGGAAAAGAAGCUCUGGCUCCAGAGGGUUUCAACUGAAACAUUCCACGGUGGUGAUGCUUCAGUGGUAUACUUAUCAGAUGGCUAUGAGGUCGUUCUUGUUCAUGAUCCGUUUGAGGUAUUUGUUCGCGAGAAAAACUCUAAAGAUGCCCGUGUGGUCUCUUUGAAUUCUCAUCAGUUGUUUGAUUUUGAGCAAUUGAGAGAUAAAAAGGAAGGCGAUGAUUGGGAGGAGAGAUUUAGGAGUCACACAGAUACUAGACCAUACGGUCCACAAUCCAUUAGCUUUGAUGUGUCGUUUUACGGCGCUGAUUUCGUGUCAGGGAUACCGGAGCAUGCCACAAGCCUCGCCUUGAAGCCUACCAGAGGCCCUGGAGUUGAAUUCUCUGAGCCUUACAGAUUGUUUAAUUUGGAUGUUUUUGAGUACUUACAUGAGUCUCCCUUCGGCCUGUAUGGGUCAAUUCCAUUUAUGAUUGGACAUGGUAAGAGUGGAAGAAGCUCAGGAUUCUUCUGGUUGAAUGCUGCCGAAAUGCAGAUUGAUGUCUUAGGAGAUGGAUGGGAUGCUGAGUCUGGGAUUUCUCUGCCUUCUAAGCAGAGCAGAAUUGAUACAUUUUGGAUGAGUGAGGCUGGCAUUGUGGAUGCCUUCUUCUUUGUGGGUCCUGGUGGGCCUAAGGAUGUUGUGAAUCAAUACACUAGUGUCACUGGAAAGCCUUCGAUGCCGCAGCUUUUCUCCACUGCUUAUCAUCAGUGUAGAUGGAAUUACAGGGAUGAGGAGGAUGUUGAGAAUGUGGAUUCCAAAUUCGAUGAGCAUGAUAUUCCUUAUGAUGUUUUGUGGCUUGAUAUUGAGCACACUGAUGGUAAGAAGUACUUCACUUGGGAUUCAGUAUUGUUUCCUCAUCCGGAGGAUAUGCAAAGGAAGUUGGCUGCUAAGGGGAGGCAUAUGGUAACUAUUGUCGACCCUCAUGUUAAGCGGGAUGAUUCUUUCUUUUUGCACAAGCAAGCUACAGAGAAGGGAUACUAUGUGAAGGAUGCAAAUGGAAAUGAUUAUGAUGGGUGGUGCUGGCCUGGUUCAUCUUCCUACUUAGAUAUGUUGAAUCCAGAGAUAAGGUCAUGGUGGGGUGACAAGUUCUCCUACAACGAGUAUGUGGGUUCAACCUCUUCGUUGUAUAUUUGGAAUGAUAUGAAUGAGCCUUCUGUGUUCAAUGGUCCAGAGGUAACAAUGCCACGAGAUGCUUUGCAUUAUGGAGGCAUUGAACACCGGGAGUUGCAUAAUUCCUAUGGGUAUUAUUUCCACAUGGCAACAUCUGAUGGGCUUCUAAAGCGUGGAGAUGGCAAGAACAGGCCCUUUGUUUUGUCAAGAGCAUUCUUUGCUGGAAGUCAAAGGUAUGGAGCUGUUUGGACUGGAGACAACACUGCUGAAUGGGAUCACUUAAGGGUCUCCGUUCCAAUGAUUCUGACACUUGGUAUCUCUGGAAUGUCAUUCUCUGGUGCGGAUGUUGGUGGAUUUUUUGGGAAUCCAGAGCCUGAGUUACUAGUUCGCUGGUAUCAACUUGGUGCUUACUAUCCUUUCUUUCGAGCUCAUGCACAUCAAGACACUAAGAGAAGAGAACCGUGGCUGUUUGGGUACAUAUUGUCUAUCUCUCAAGCAUGGUCGCCCUUCAAUGACUUAGAGGCAGCAUCCCUAAUGAGGGAGCGAAACACAGAGCUUAUCAGAGAGGCCAUACAUGUUCGUUACAUGUUGCUCCCUUAUUUCUACACAUUAUUCAGAGAAGCAAAUGCAAGUGGUAUUCCUGUUAUGCGUCCUUUGUGGAUGGAGUUCCCUUCUGAUGAAGCUACUUUCAACAAUGAUGAAGCUUUCAUGGUGGGAAGCAGUCUUCUAGUGCAAGGAAUCUACACUGAGCGAGCUAAGCAUGCAACUGUCUACUUGCCUGGGAAAGAAUCUUGGUAUGAUUUUAAAACUGGAACUGCAUUUAAGGGAGGUAAAACUCACAAGCUGGAGGUUUCAGAAGAGAGUGUUCCUGCUUUCCAAAGGGCUGGAACUAUUUUACCACGGAAAGACCGGUACCGUAGAAGCUCCACGCAGAUGGUCAAUGAUCCUUAUACUCUGGUAAUAGCUCUAAACAGUUCUCAAGCAGCUGAAGGUGAACUCUAUGUUGAUGAUGGUGAAAGUUUCGAAUUUCUGCAAGGGGCCUUCAUCCACCGCCGCUUUGUGUUCUCAAAAGGAAAGCUUACAUCUAUAAACUUAGCUCCCUCUAGCAACGUUAAGUCCCGGUUUUCUUCAAAGUGUGUCAUUGAAAGAAUUAUACUGCUAGGAUACUCUCCUGGGGCAAAAGACGCACUAAUUGAACCAGCAAAUCACAAGGUUGAAAUUGCACCGGGGCCGCUUAGGCUUCAUGGCAGUGCCGGGGGAGCUGCGGUUGUAACCAUCCGGAAACCAAUGGUUCACAUUGCAGAUGAUUGGACAAUAAAAAUUUUGUAAGAAAACCAUUCAUUUAAGGUCAUAAAAUUUUCAUUAUAGGAGAGAGACUUUCCUAGUCAAUUAGUAGGAUGUUGUAGUCAACUGGAAGAUUGAAGUUGUACUUGUAUAAUUUCAAGGGUAAUGCUGGAACCUAAACGCUUAACUAACUUUUCAUAUUCAGAGCUCUUGGGUCCUGUUAGUUAUGAUGAAUCUUCAAGUAAUAGCAGCUACAGUUAAACCUUUAA